CUCAAAUCGCCCUCUCUCUCUUUGGUUCGUCCCUUGGGUGUUUGGGAUCCAAAACCCAGCUCUCCCUUUCCUUUGGCUCGAAUUUGCGUUAAAAAACCUAAUUCUGGGCAAAACACGGUCGAGGGCACGGCCGUGCUUUGCUUUUGACCGCCCGUGUCUUGCCCCGUGUUAAAAACACGCUCGCGCGCGUCGGCCAAAACACGGUCGUGCCUAAAUAUGGGCACGGCCGUGUUUUGAUUUAGGCGCGCCCGUGUUUUUACUGCCGAACCUGUUCCCCUAUAUUCAAUGCUUCGUUUCUCCCUCGUCCGGACUCCGAAUCUGUCGCCGUUUGAUCCCGGACGCUCGUAGUCUCGUCCUCUUUCUUUUCAUGACAAGCUUGCAUGAUUCUUUGUCCAUAAAUUGAGGUAGAAAUUCAUUCUUCUUCAGUUCAUGCCCGAGUUUCUUCUCCCUAAUCGCCAAUUGAUCUCUGAUUGACUUGAAACUUGCGCCUAUGCUUCACUUUAUGUACUAGGACCUGAAAUGUGACAAAGGAACACAACCUAGUGUAAAAUAGGCCAAAGACGCAAUAAUUAAAGCUCAAACAAUCAAGAAACAAAGGGGAAAACAUGUGCAAAUAUCGAGUCAUCACCCACAAUACGGGCGGACGCUUGGAGGCACGUGGCUGCAUGUCACCAAUGCCAAAUUCACGCUAACGACGUACAUCUCCCAGCGGCACCCAUGCAAGGGAAUGUGGGCGCCUGGCCUUUUGCCCAGUGGGGUAUGGACCUUUUGGGACCCUUACCGAAGGCGCCUGGACAGUUCAAAUAUUUAAUUGUCGCGGUGGAUUACUUCACCAAAUGGAUUGAAGCAGAACCAUUGGCGUCAAUCACGGAGGCGCAGGUGCGGAAGUUUACCAAGAAGAACAUCUUUGCGCGGUUUGGACUCCCAGAAUCCAUUGUCACUGACCACGGGAAGCAAUUCGAUUGCAAGAAAUUCGUCGAAUUCUGCGAUGAAAAUGGAGUGAUAUUGCGAUUCUCGUCUGUGGCCUACCCUCAAGCCAAUGGGCAAGCUGAAGCAGCUAACAAAAGCAUAUUGCACGGGUUGCACACACUGUUAGAGGAGGCAAAGGGCAAGUGGGUUGAGGAGCUGCCAAGUUUCUUAUGGGCGCACAGGACUACCUUCAAGGUGGCAUCGGGAGAAACACCUUUUGCAUUGACUUAUGGCAGUGAGGCCGUUUUGCCGGUGGAAAUGCGGGUGCCUACCUUCAGAAUGACCCACCGUAAUGAAUCAAUGGAUGUCCAGGAGAGCAUCAACGAGCUGGACCUGUUGGAUGAGCGCCAAGAGGUGGCAGCCUUACGCUUGGAAGCAAUGAAAGGGCAGGUAGCAAGGUAUUACAACAAAAAGAUGCGGGCACACAACGUUGUGAAAGGAAGCCUGGUGUUAAAGCGUGAUUUUCGCCCCAAGGCCACCGAGGGAAAAUUGGCCCCGAAGUGGAAAGGUCCAUAUCGUGUUCAGGAGGUUGUUGGCCCAAGUACAUUCAAAUUGGAAACCCUGUCGGGUAAGAACGUGAAGCGAACAUGGAAUGCCCAAAACUUGUGAAGAUAUGAGGCCGGGGAGUUAAGCAUGAUGGACGCUGAGAGUGAAGAAGAAGUGGGUACAAUGACUGAUGUAGCAGAGUAGGCGCCUCCGAGGGAGGUAGUCAGUGGCAAAUCUCCAGUGGUUAAUAGGUUUUUCUUUGUCUGUCUCCAAAAGCGCCCUAACGCGCCGUAGAAUCAAAGCGCCCUUUAUUU